CUUUUCCAAAAGGGCACCCAUUUCUACAACUCUUAUGGAAACCUGUCCUUAUUUGAAAUGCAGGGUCUGGUGUAGCAUAGGUAACAAAACCCCUCUCCAUAACCGUCAACCAGAGGGAGGGAGCGUCUCUUAAAGUAAAUAGUAGGCCUUUUUGGGGCUAAUGUGAUUUGUUGAAGCAGAGAUGGCGAAUGUUGAGUUGUUGUUGUAUCAGAUGUUUGAGAGGGAAAAUUGGCUGCUAUCUCAGCUUGAGCAGCAGCAGAAACUGUUCGCUCAAGCUAUGGCAUCCUCUCUGUAUCUCAAGGGGAUCGAGCCACCUUCUUGGCUCGGUAAUGGUGAAUUAUCGUCAACCGCUGAUAAAGAUCCAAAAGAGUUAAAGAAGGAACAUCUGAUACCAGGCCUUCUUUUCGCACCUCCAAGGCCCAAUGUGUUCUUUCCAUCCAUGAACCAUUAUGCCUAUCAAAGCAGGCCAUUCAGCAUGGUAGCCAGAAAAGAAAGUGAGAAUUUACAAGAACUCUCAAGAAAUGGUCCUGAAAAUUCCAGAAAUUCUCCUUUGGGGGUCUUGAAAGACCCAAAAUUUUACAGUUGUAUUAUACCUGAAACCUCACUGGGAAGAAUCACAAGGUCUAGAUCAAGGCAGCGAGCCUUGGGGAUUAGAAACAGUGUGCAAGCUAAAUCCAAGAAUCGAACCAGCGUGGUUUCUACAGGUAUAGCAGGACACACUGGUAGGAUGACUCGGCAUAGAUCAGAUCUGCAGAAGAAAGAAUGCCAGAAUAAAAUAGCAAGUUUAGCAGCAACAGAAAACCAAUUGGUCAUUCAAUCACCAGAACUUGAACAGGGGGUCUCACGUUCACCUGAUGUGAGUAACUCUCUGAAAUCUCUCUGAAAUCUAAACGGAAGACCCAUGAUGAUUGUUCUAUUAGUGCUGAUCAUGGAACAAACUUUGAGGUAAUGAAACAAAUUGGAUGCGGAGCUCCACUUUCUAGGCCUGAACUGAAGAAUGAACCAGAGCUUCAAGCCCAAGGAGAAGAGGUUUCUAGGAGGAAUCUAUCCAACCCAAGUGAAUCAAUUGUCUGUAGACAGGAUUACCUAGUUGAACCUAAACAAUUAGUAUUUGAUGACUUGGGGGAAUGCAGUUUGAACCAGGUUGGCAGUCAAUCAGAGGGCAGGAAGCAAGAGAUUAAGCGUGAGGCUUCAAUCACAUCCAGUGUCAAUAACACUUCAAGCACUGGAAAAGAAAUCAAUUCUUCUAGUAAGGCCAAGGAUGAAGCAAAAUCUAAGGUUCCAAAACCAGUAGAUUGCAGAAAUUCAUGUGAGUCUGGGCAUGAGCUGAAGAAAAAUUCAAACGUUCAAGUUAAUGGGGUAGAGGCUUUGUGGAUGAAUAUAUCAAACCCAAACGAACCAACUUGUCAUAGUCCAGACUCCUCAAUUGAAUCUAAACAACUGCCUUGUGCUGACUUGCAAGAUUGCAGUUUAAACAAGAAUGGGUCUUUCUCAGAGGGCAGUGAACCUGAUAUUUUGCAUCUGGGAACUCCAAACAGGAAGGUUUCAGAAGAGAUGCAGACAAUUGGACUACAAAAAGCGGAAAUCCUGGGGGUUCCUCAGAAAGAACAGUUUGAAGCAUUGUCCAAAACUGUUGAAGUCCAAGGAGCCCUGUCCGUUGAUCUUCCUGCCUCAUUGGUGGAUCAAAAGGUAUUUGAGUCCAAGAAGAAAGCAUCUUGCAAUUUUCAAACUUUUGUUACUGCUCCAUCAGAUCUUCCAUUUGAGGCUUCAGUUACAUCGGAGAACAUUCCAAAUGGUAGAAAGAGAAGUUGUUCUGCAGCUUCUGCUAUUUCUCAGAGAUCAAAACGUGAAGUUCCAAAACCAGGGGAUUUUGUAACUUUGCAUUCUGGGUCAGAAAUGAAGGAAGAAGAUGUCGUUCAAGACAAAGGAGAUGCUGUUAGUAGGAAUUUAUUUACUCUAAAUGAAGCAACUGGGCAUAGACCUGAUUCCUUGGUUCAGCAAGAACAACUGGUAUAUGAGGGCUUGGAAGCUUCUGGUUUGAACAGGGCAAGCUCUUUUUCAGAAGGCUGGGAGAAAGGGUGUUCGAAUGCGGGAUCUCUGAAGAGGAAAUUUUCAGAAGUGGAUCAAAUGAUUGGAUUAGAGAGAACUGAAACCAUGGGGUCUUCAGAAAAAGUUCAUACUGAAUUGUUACCCGAAUCUGUUGGAGUCAAAGGGGUCCUGUCCUUGAAUGUUGCUGCCAAAUCAGAAGAGGGAAAAGUAUCGGAAACACUGAAGAGAACUUCUUGUUCUGCUCAAAUUUUAGUAGACAAUGAAGCAUCAUGGCCUCAGUAUAAGAGGAGGAAGAGAGAAAAAGAUCAAACUAAGGGCUUAAUCACUUCACCAAGAUUGACAAGGUGUUCAAGGAAAGUAUAUUCACAGUAGCAGUCAGCUUGCUUGAACUUUUCAGCUGAAGCUUGCUUUUUAUUUGUCUUGUUAUCAUGGAUUUUGUCAAAGGAGACAAAAUUAUAACCCAGAGGAAUAGGCAAAAGCCAUGUUGGGAACAAUGGAUGGAGAUGGUGGGGGGAAGGACCCUCCAGUAAAGGACAUGGUGCAAUGGUGGGCCCUACUCGCAACAUCUCCAGUCAUCAUUUCAUUGAGAGCGACUUGGAGGAAAGGAGUUCCCCACUGUGUGAAAGUAGUUCCCUUGAUGCUGAUGAAGCCAUACCAGAGCUUGACAGGUUGAGCUUUGUGAUGCCCUUGGAAAAUGGAGAGUUUGAAAUGCCAAACUCUAAAAGAGCCCGAUUUAGUUCUAUCAAGCUGCAUAAUUCUAGCAGCUUCCUUACGCCAUUGCCUACAUCUCAUACACCAGAGAUUAAUCAGUCCUUACCUAAUGGGCUUCUGGAACACAUGUAUUUAAGAAAUGGAUAUGGCCACUUGUACAAGUAUGAAGAUCAUGUUCACAAAACUGAUGAGGUCAUGCUAGAGAGUAAACUAUAUGCAGUAAGGUCCAUGUCAUUGGGUAGGUCUGAUCCUUAUGAUAUUCCAUCUUUAAGUUCACGAUUUGGGUGGAAUGUCAAGAGCCCUGCUUCUUCCACUCCUUCAGAUGGAAGAAUUUCUAGUAAAUUAUUUUCUAUGUUCAUGGAUAAAAGCUCAGAAAGAGUAGUUGGUAUGAAACCUUCUACGUGUUUUAGAAUUGAAGAAGAAACCAGUACUGGUAAACGAGAUGUUCAGGUUGUUGAGGAUUUGGAAGAAACCCAUAAAGGGAUUCAGUCAAGGGAGAGAAAGGCUCCAAGUAAUCGUGAACCGCUUCAAGAUAUUACAUCAAUAUCUUGUAAUUAUCCAAUUUUGGACCCAGCAGCGAAGUGUUCAAACAGAUUUAGUAUGGCCACUGUUUAUGGGGAAUUUAACUUUGUUGGGAAUCAAAUGAAUGAGAACCAAGAGCUCAGGGAAGGUUCUGACAGUAAAAAAAAACCUCCAUAGCAGACAAGGAGAACCAAAAUCCUAUGCAACAUAGACAUAGCACAAGGAAGUCCUCAAGCAUCUUGAAUAAUGAAUCUGGCAUGUCAAAAUUGGAACUUGUGCAAGUGAAGAAAUAGGAAGUGAGAUUUUACAAGAAAAUCCCAGUAAGCGUAACAAUAUUGUAUCAAGUAUCUCCUCGUUUAUUCCACUUGUCCGGCAAAAGCAACAAGCACCUGCAAUUUUGACAGGCAAGAGGGACAUUAAAGUAAAGGCUCUAGAGACCGCUAAGGCUGAAAAACGGUUGGAAGAACGGAAGGUGAAUGAGCGUAAAUUGAGGAAAGAAGCUGCUAAACAAGAAAGGGCAAAGAUUGAGCAGGAGAACCAGAAAAUAAAGGAGGAGAAACUGAAGAAGCUAGAGGAGGAUAGAAAGAGAAGGGAAGCUGAAGCAGCUGCCAAAAAACGGCAGAGAGAAGAAGAUGAAACGAAAGAAAAAGAGAGAAAGUGGAAGUGCAUUGAAGAUGCACAGAGGCAAAGGAGAGAACUUGAAGAGAGGUUGCGGUUAGAAAAAGAGGAGAAAGAGCAAAAAAGCAAAGCUAUGAAAGAGAAGGAAUGCAAAAGAAAGGAAUUGGCUACAGGGGCAAAGAAGCGACAGAGAAUGGAAACGGAAAGAAAAAUGACCGCUCGCAAGAAGAGGGAACUGGAAAGUAAGGGUAGAAAGACUUCAAACGUAGACAGCAGACCUACAAGUAGUGUAUCUGGGAAUCUCAAGUCUUUCCAUAAGCUGCCUUGUAUCGGAGAGGUUGCAACUAAUUUAAACAGUUUAGGGACUACGAAUAAGGAUGACAUUUUUGCCAAAGAAGAAAUUUAUGUUUCCCCCUCAUAUGAGAUCACACCGUUCUAAGACUCGGAAGAAGAAAAUGAAGAAGAAGAAGAAGAAGACACUUAUCCAAGGAAACAUAGACCCUCUUGGGCGAGGAAAGAGAAUGUGAAUCUGAUGGUUUUCAAACAGCAGAAUACAGACCCAGAUGAAAUCUUUCUUCGUGCGAAAUGUGGCGAUUUGAGUGAAGGUAGUUUCUGCAUUCCUUUUAAUUGCCUAAUGAAGAAAUCUGCUGUUUGUUGUAUCAGGGAAUUGUUUGGUGAAAGUAUAUUAUAACCCAAAUGGACUAUGAGUUACUAUGGUAAACACGUAAUCCAUUAUGCAUCACCAUGAUGGACUUUGAUCGAGAGAGAGUGGUGCACAUCAGAAAAGGAAGUAGGCCAAAGUUGGGUCCCUCUCUUAUCAUCACCAUCCAUCAUUGCGCUGUGCGGUGAUGGCCCCAAUGACUACGGUUUUCUUUUGUUUUUUGUAGUACAUUACUUUCUUAUGUAUGUGCAGUUUGUCAUGGUUCUAUUCAAGUGGCCAUAGGAGUCAACUGGUGAAUGUUUUCUUUUCCAUCUGUAGUUGAUGGGGGUCGUCGGAGUAGCACAUGGAGUGAAUUCAGUGAUCAUGAUGAAGAUGGUGAUUACCGAGCAGAACAUAGAGCAAUUAUAAUAGUUAUUGAUGCAAGUUCAAAAUCUUCUAUAUAUAAAGCAUGACUUGAUUCGUGCCGAACAUGGCAUUGCUUAAUAGCUUCGAGAGGUUCAGCAAGUGGUUCGCAUAUAGCGGUGGUUGUGGUUCGAGUAUAGCAGAGGAUGUUUAUAUUUUAUAUUUACAUUACCAAAAUUGUUGAA